AACAAGCGCCCAACCAUGAAGAAAAUUAUCUUUAGGCACUUGCUGAUCCUUAUUGGCUUGGCCAUGGGUAGCUAUGCCCCUUCCAUAGAUGGACCGACAGGGGUAAUCGAUUUCUACCAGUUAUAUGAUAACCCAGAGGCACACAUUAGAGUCAGGGAUCGAUUGACGACGGCCGAUCGCAUUGCCGCUCACGGAUAUCCAUCCGAGCAUCAUCAUGUACUCACCGAAGAUGGCUACAUCUUGGGCAUCUUUCGCAUUCCCUACUCCCACAAGCUGCAGAACCAGAACGAACAGCGUCCUAUUGUCCUGAUUCAACAUGGCCUAACGAGUUGCUCAGAUGCCUGGAUCCUGUGUGGACCCAAUGACAGCCUGCCCUAUCUGAUGGCCGAUGCUGGUUACGAUGUGUGGAUGGGCAAUGGCCGUGGAAACACCUACUCCAGGAACCAUACUUACCUCUCCACCAAGCAUCCCAACUUCUGGCAGUUCACUUGGCACGAGAUUGGUCUCUACGACAUUGCGGCCAUGAUCGAUUAUGCCCUGGCCAGCGAGAAUGGCAAGGGACAGGAGGCCAUCCACUAUGUGGGUCACUCCCAAGGCACGACAGUGUUCUUUGCGUUGAUGUCCGCCCGGCCAGACUACAAUAAGAAAAUCAAGACAGCUCACAUGUUUGCCCCAGUCGCGAUCAUGAAGAACAUGGCCAACAAAUUGGUGCUGUCUUUGGGUCCCUAUUUAGGCCAUCAGACGAUACAUGCCAAGCUCUUUGGCUCCCAGGAGUUCCUGCCUCACAACGACUUUCUUUUGACGCUGCUUUUUAAUUUGUGUGAGCCGAAUUUUCUGCUGCGUCCACUGUGCGAAAAUACUGUACAGUCUCUGUACACGGGUGGUCGUGUUAAUAUGACUGCCAUGCCAGAAGGUCUGGCAACACAUCCGUCGGGCUGUUCGACCGAUCAAAUGCUGCACUACAUCCAGGAGCAGCAAUCUGGCUAUUUCCGUCAGUUCGAUUAUGGCACAAAGAAAAAUUUGCAUAUCUAUGGCUCGGAGCAACCACCCGAGUACCCCGUGGAGCUGAUUUCCUCAGAUGUGCACCUGUGGUAUUCCGAUAACGAUGGUAUGGCUGCUGUGGAAGAUGUCGAGGCACUAGCCGAACGCCUGCCCAAGAAGGUUAUGCACCGCAUGGCGGAUCCAUUGUGGGAUCACGGAGACUUUGCCCUAAACCACGGACUACGUGAAUAUCUCAACGAGCCCGUGAUUGCCAUCAUGCAGCAAUACGAGAAGGAGCAGACUGCAGAAUGAUUGAGUUAUUUCUUUAAG